UAUUCAUAGAAAUAUACUCUCGACACCAAAUGAAAUCGUUGUAAAAGACAUUUUGAAUUCUAUCUUUCUGCAUCCUAUUGAAAUCAAAACAUAGAACAAAAUUUAAAAAUCAAGAUUAAUAUCACGUUUUGAAGCAGUUUAUUGCCAGAAAGCUAGACCAUAACAGACGGAGAUUUUACAUAAUCACGUGACCACACCAAAACAAGGAGCUGGUAAUCGGGGAACAUCCGAUUACACUGUGAUUCCCUGUUCACAGACAAGAGCAAGGGAAAGAUCACUGAUCACAUUAUAAAAUCGAAGUAUUAAACAAGCUUGAGCAACACUCUCAAAGCGUGUUGUUUGUUAUAUAGCACUAGGGCAGAGGGUCAAUCAGAAUAAGACAGCUUCAAUUGUACAGCAUUGGUGCCAAUCAGUUUUAUUGAUAGACUAUUUAGCUACAUUUAUAAUAGUGCAAAUUCAUUGUACAAAUUAACUGACACAACAAAUGACAGUGAUAAACAAUGGUUUUAUGUGCUGUUGCUGGAUGCAAAAGUAAACAUUCAAGGAAUGGUGAAUUAAGUUUUUACAGAUUUCCAAAUGACCUGCAGACCAGGAAGACAUGGAUAGAUUUUUGUAAUAAAAUUGAUUUCAUACCCAACGUGAAUCAAAGACUUUGUUCUGCACACUUUUCUAAUUCAUGUUAUGACCGUGACCCAAUUGUGAUUAGGAAUCUAGGUAGCCUUUUUGAGAGGCCAAAACUCCGGCAAGAUGCGGUGCCAGAUAUUCCAUUUACAUGUAUCCAACAGACAAAACCUAAGCAAAGACUACUACUUCCAAAGAAAGGAGCUUACGAGCAGCAGAUAGAAGCCGAGACUAAGAAGACAACCAUGCCAGUGAAGAGAAAUGCCACCAGGAGUCGUAGGACGAUGGGCAUUGAGCUCUUUAUGGAAUGUACUGAAGAGGCUUUGUCCCCCAGUCAGAUCACUGCCCAGCAAGUGGCCAGAUACCAAUAUGACCAAGCCAUCGCCCAAGUUAGAGAUGCUCAGGCCAAGGCAAGGAUAGGCAGAGCUACAAUCAUAAACAAAGUUGACAAUGUUGGCAAAGUAUCGCCUCAAGUUACUCAAAAGGCAACUCCUGCAUUGAAAACUCAAUCACCAAUUGCAAAAGAACCAGAACGUUCUUCUAGUCCCGAUAUUAUAUUUGUUGGAGAAACACCAGCGUCCAAGCCCCGACAACCAGUACAACAGCCACCGCCAUUAACACAACCACAACAACAACAGGUGUUCAAGCUAGUCAAUGUCAGCCAGACAAACCAAGGUCAACUGGGACCAUGGAUGAUGAAACCGGUGGCUAAUGUUAUGCCUCAACAGCAGCAGACAUUGAAUAGACCAUUGCAACAAGUGCAACAGGUUGGUCAGCCGGUCAGUGGAACCAUGGGAAUGGGAUAUAAACGGCCAGCAAACUUCCAACAAGAUCAACUGGCCAAGAAAAAACCAAGGCGACCAGGCGAGGUGGAUGAAUUUGGUAGAAAAAGACCUUUUGAAAGUGAUGAAAGUGAUAAAAGUCCAGAUAUAUGUGUCAAUGGUAAUUGGGUUCCAUUAGAUGAAUAUUACUACGGCAAGAUGGAGGGAGACCCCACAUAUGAAGAGGAGAAAGGAGAAUUCAGGUUCAAGUGCUGGUAUUGUAACAAGAUGUUGUACAACAAUGUCAAGGCCAUGAUGCACAUUCAAGGUCACAUUGACAGUAGUAAACAACAGAAUAUUGACCUCAGUGACCUGACACAAUGUAAACACUGCUACAAACAAUUCGAUACACCAUUUGAAAUGCAGACCCAUGUGGAUAAGGUACAUAUGAGCAACACAAAUGUCUUGUUAUGUCGUAUAUGUGAACGUGACCAUGAGUCUCGCCAGGCUCUCACCAACCACAUGAGACAGAACCACAAUGCUUGUGAGAUGCCAUAUACAUGUCAGCUAUGUAAAUUUAGAUCUUCUAUGUACAGUGAUGUUGUCGACCAUUUUAAAAAGAAACACGACAGUUCCCAGCAUUUACUAUGUUUAUACUGCCUUCGUGCUUUUCUUGUCAAAUUUGUCUCCCAAGGUUGGGGCACCACACAGACAUAUUAUGGACAUUUGUUAAAACAUCAGUCUAAGGCUCAAACUAAAAAAUGUGGUCUGUGUAGACUGACAUUCUUCAACUCUUCUGAAGUCAAGGCCCAUAAACUGAAACAUCAUGGACCCAAUCAGAAGGCAGUGCUAGGAACCUCAGCACACAGCAGCAAACAAGACCAAGUAUUAAUAAAAGUGCCAUCAUCAUCACACAAUCAGCAUGGAGUCAAAUCUUUGAACGCACCAUCUGUCAGUAAAGUCUUGGACUUUGGAGGGACAACGUUUCCAGGAGAGGUCCAUUAUUUUAACUGCUUUGAAUGUAAAAUGUCCAUGGGAACACAUGAUCAUUAUAGAAAGUAUGUGGAGUGUUCAAUGUGUCGAUUUGCUACUAUCUGCAGUAUAGCUUACGCUAAUCAUAUGAUGGGAUUCCACUCAGGUCAAAUGUCAAGUCUUAACCUCAACAUUCCGUGGGAACGAAGGAUGCCCAAACCUAUGUACUGUUUAUGUGGCUUCAGUAGUCGCUAUGGCAACAAGAUUGCUAACCACCUUGUGUUCUGUAUGAAGAGUUCAUGUUAUGAGAAUCGACCAGAGCCUGGAACAGAGUGCUACAGAGAAGAGGAAGAAGAGGACCCUCGACAUAAACCAGGAGCCUCAUUACUGGAUGCAUUAGGUCUGGUCAAGAGGAGGACUAUCACUCCUAGAUCUGGGGAAGGAGUGUACCCUAAAUCAGCAGAGACUUCCCCAGUAGAUGACAACAAACCAAGUCCAUGGGAUCCAGCAUAUGUACCUCCAGAGCUCCAGGGCUCACAGAAUAGGAAGACUGUCAAGUUAAAGGACACUAUUACACCUUCUAAACAUUCUAUCUAUAGAGGGAAACCAAAGUCAAAAUGUAAGAAAACCUUGGAAAUAGAUACCAACAAUUCAGAGGAAGCCAGUACUUCUUACAAGAGAGAUAAUUUAGAGCAAGCUGGAACUUCUCACAAGGGAGAUAAUUCUGAUGAAACUGAAGAGAAGCUUUUAGCUGAUGAAGGAAGGGACAGUGGUGGAGAUAAAGAUGAAAAGGUUGAAAAUCAAAGAACUGAAAGUACUAAAGACAAAGCUGAAGCAGAAAGAAAAGAAAAUGAACUGCUUGAUUUUGACAAUGAAAAUGACGGUGCUGAAAGUGGAGAUGAAAAUAAAAUCAAUGAAAUUAUAGAUGCUUUAGAUGAAGAUGAACUAUUACUAGAGGAAAAUGAACAAGUUAGUGACAAAAAUGUGACAUUAGCAAAGGAAAGUAAUUCUGAAAAAAUAGAUGAAGAUAAUCUUAAAGAAAGUUCUAAUGAAAAGGAUGAAAAAAUUCAAACUUUAAGUAAAAAAGAUGAAAAUUUAGCAGAUAAUUCUUGUGAUGUGAAAAGUCCCAAUGAUAAUAUAGAAUCAAGUUCUGAUGGUGUCAAAAGUCCUACAAACAAUUCAGAUGACAAAGACAAAAGUGACAAUUUGAAAGGAGAUGAGAAAGACGAUGAACAUAUUGAUUCUGAGAAACAAGCUGCAACAGAUGAGAAAAGUGAAGUUGCAGAAGAAUCUUCAUCAAAAGAUAAAAUAGAUGAAACUGAAUCUAAUGAAAAAGAUGACAAUUCAAAAAUUGAAGAUGAUUCAGAAAAACAAUUAAAAGAUGAAUCCACUCUGGAAAAAGAUGAAAUUGUUGAUGAAUUGUCAGCAGAAUGCAAAUUAGAUGCAAUUAAUGAAGAUAAAAAUGUAGACAAUACUGAAUCAGAAAAAGAUGUCAGUGAAAAAGUGAAUAUUGAAGAAUCUACCAGUCCAGACAGUGAAAUAAAAGAGGAAUCACAGAAUAAAAUAGAUGAAAAUGAAUCAGAGAGUAAAGAAGUGGUUCAAAGUGAAUCAGAAAGUAAAGAAGUGGUUCAAAGUGAAUCAGAAAAUAAAGAAGUGAUUCAUAGUGAAUUAGAAGAAAAAGAAGUGGUUCAUAGUGAAUUAGAAGAAAAAGAAAUGGUUCAAAGUGAAUUAGAAGAAAAAGAAUUGGUUCAUAAUGAAUUAGAGCAAACAGAGGAAUCAGGACAGGAAACAGCAGAUGAAACAAAAAAAACUGAAAAGGAAAGCCAAGAACCUCAUUCAAGUCAUAAAUUGUCUGAAACAGGAAGUGAAAAUAAGGGAGAUUAUGCUAGUACACAAGAAAUUAAAAGUUCUCCAAAGGUUGAAGAUUCAAAGACAUCACACCAUCAAUCUGAUGAUAAAAGAUACCAUGGCAGCAGGUCACAUGACCAUAGAUCAGAUAGUCACAGAUCACAUGAUAACAGACGGUCACAUGAUGAUAGGAAGUCACAUGAUGACAGGAGGUCUUAUGAUGACAGACGGUCACAUGAUAGACAAUACCAUGACGAUAGGUCAUACCACCACCAGGGGGGAAGAUACGAUGAUAGGAGUAGACACAGACAUCAAGAUGACAGGAGUAACGAUCGUGGAUAUCAUGACAACAGAGGUUACAAUGAUCAACGUGACAACAGAGAUCAUUAUAGAGAUGACAGAAGACACCACAACAGAGGUCAUAAUCAAGGUCGUGGUGGAUAUGGAGGUGGGGGUUACCAUGGUUACAGAUGAUCUGUGUUUUAAACAUCUGGUUGAGCUUAAAGAUCAGUAUCAAAGUUAUGGUGCUUUUAGUUACCAUGGCAGCUAACAUAAAACAGAUUUAUAGAAUUUACAUUUUGAAAUAUGUAAAAUAUGCAGAUCGUUGUAUGGCUGUAAAUGGCUGCUUUCUAUGAUUUCAUGUAACACUGCUGUUUCUAGAUAAAAAGAAGUGGAGACAAUUUUACCCAUAAUGCAGUUUAAUUUGUAUACUUUUGUGAAGUCUAUGCAUGAUAAUUCUGAACAAAAUGAUACAAAUAUGGUUUGUGAGUCUAUUAGAGUGACUCAAUGACAGUUGAGUGAUGUUUAAUUAUAUCAGUCAAGAGGGCAAACACAGGAGUAAUCUUUUGGUGUAUAUAUUAUCCCACAUCUCAGUUUUUUCUUACCUGUACAAGAUUUCAGGUUGUG